AUGAAAGAGCAAUUUGCAAACAGUGAUUCAGCAAUGUUCCGAAGACAGAUUAGGGUAGAGCAGAGGCAAAUGGCCUCAGGUCGCUCACAAGAAAGUCGGGACGGUAUCGAGGCUGGUCUAAUGAUGAUGAAGCUAACUCCAAGCUCAGGACAAAAGGAUCUGAUCAAAACUACCAAUUGGAUACCGCUUUGUCAACUGACCACAGCAGGACCAGAGCAUGAUCGGACUCAUGAAACCGAACCUCCAACCUGUUCCGCCGGCAGGCCUUCAGGGGCUUGUCGGGUUGGUGCGGAGCAAGCGGAGUUCUCUCGACUCGGCAGCUCGGAAGCCUUUUGGAAGGAUGAACGCCGUGUUCGAUAUGGCGUUCGAGUAACCAGAUGA